GGGAUGCCUUGGGUUGUGAAAAAGUCCGGUUUCGAGUUAGUGAUCCAAAGUUUAGGAUCGGGUGCGGGACACAAAGAUCUGGGUCUUAUGUUGGGUCAGUUAGGUGAAUUGAAAGGGAAACGUGUUGAUUUCGGAUAUGGGGUCAGAAAAUUUAUCGGAUCGAGUUUUGAUAAACCUUGACACCCUUGAUACAAAUCUUAUUUUAUUUUCUUUUAUUUUUAAGGAGUUUGUCAAAGAAUACCCAAAUGAUGUUUUAGCUUUUGCCUUACGUUUGGCAACAUUAUAUUUUGUGAUUUGUUAUAUACUUCCAAUUACUGAUUCAAAAUUCCAAGCUUUAGCAUAUACCAAAGCUUUUGCAGCAGUUGCGGCAACGAAUGCUUUUCGUCUUCAUCAACGCUUAAGAGCUGUAAAUUGGCCAUUUUUUAGUCAAAUGUUUCUUUAUGAGCUUAUGCUUGAGGAUUCUGCGCAUUAUCUACUUUAUUGCAUGAUCUUUGUUAUAUCAUCUCCAAUUACCUUGGCUCUUCUCCCAGUUUCAAUUUAUGCCAUUUUCAAUUUAAUUACAACUCUAAACAAAUUUUCCACCGAAACUGGAGUUGCUCAUAAUUCUUUUAUAAUUUCUCGGCUGGUUCAAUUUAAGCAACAGGCAUCUCCAAAUAUGUUAAGUACUGCUGCUUGUGCUGAAAUAUUUCUUUUGCCAAUUAUUAUUUUGAUGAUUUUUAUGGGCAAAUCAAGUUUAAUUGGGCCAUUUGUUUAUUAUCGCUUUUUGACUAUGCGAUAUAUGUCUCGACGAAAUCCGUAUACGAGAGAAAUGUUUUAUCAAUUGAAAUUUAUUUUUACUUCUUGGGCCAACAAUCCUUCAUGUCCUGCAUUUGUUUCUUCCUCAAUACUUAAAUUUAUUGCGUUGAUUGAACGUUUAGCUCCGCAACAAGUUGCUAUGUAAAAAUUUUUUGAUUUGAGAUGAAGAUGAUCUAUCGUUGAUUUUUUUGUGAUUGAGAGACUGAUCUUUACAGAAAAGUAUAUUUUUUUAGUUUUUUUUUUGUUUUGACCAAUUAAUGCUACCAAAUCAUUUGUUUUUUAGUUGCUUUUUUCGACAUUGGGUGGUAGUUUCCUUCAAAAAUUUUUUGAGACAAAUUUCCUUUUUCAAUUUAACUAUUUGGUGGCAUUCCUAUAAGGGAUGUCACGGGUUACUCGAAAUCUGGAUUUUUUUCGAUCCGUCCCGAAAGCUGACUUUUUUC